CUCUGGGCUGGAAGGAUGGAGUUUUCCCUUCUUCACUACCUGUUUAUCUCUCUGCUCAUUACCUUUAUAGUUCUCUACCAGGUGAAACCUGCAUUCAGAUUCUUCUGCAAGAUGACCUUCUAUAAGUUGUGGCUCUUCACCAUAAGCAUUGGGGUUGCCAUCCUCAGUGUUCCUCGUGGACGUAACGUGGACAACAUGAUGUUUUUGCGCACAUUGACCCGGCCACUCAAAUACAUCUUUGGCAUUCAGAUAGUGGUGAAGGGCAAGGAGAACCUCAGGACUAAGAAACCUUUUGUUCUGGUGGUGAAUCACCAGACCUCCCUUGACAUCAUGGUGAUGAUGGAGAUACUGCCGAGGCGCUGUGUGCCCAUUGCAAAGAAGGAGAUCCUGUACAUGGGCACAUUUGGCCUGGCCUGCUGGCUUGCAGGGGUCGUCUUCAUUGACCGCAAGAGGAGGGAAGAGUCCAUUGGCAUCCUGACAGAGGUGGCACACUCCCUGCACAAGGACAACCUGCGUGUCUUGAUCUUCCCUGAAGGAACUCGCAACCAUGGUGGCUCCAUGUUGCCCUUCAAACGUGGGGCCUUCCAGCUGGCUGUGAAAGCCCAGGUCCCCAUUAUUCCUGUAGUGUUGUCUUCCUACAACCACUUUUACAACCAGAAGGAGAAGAAAUUUACACCAGGAAAUAUGAUCAUCCAGAUCCUGCCAGAAGUGGAGACGCUGGGCCUGGGCCCAGAAGAUGUUCCCAAGCUGACGGAGCAGGUCCGUGACUCCAUGCUCUUUGUCUACCAGGGGAUAUCAGGAAUGACAAAUGGAGCUCCCCGUUAGCAGUCCCAUCUUCCAGCUCCAGCUGUGUGUGCCACAGCUGAGAGAAGGCCAUGGCAGCCACAGGAAGGUCUGGCAGCAGAGACAGUUGUGGAUUGCAACACUGACAUACCAGAGACAGGCAAAAGGUCCACCAAGGAGAGAAGCUUCCCAGGGGAAUGUUGCUGUGCCACCUCCCACAGAACUGUGCCAUCAAGGGGACAGACACACAAUGGAUAGCUGGACAUUUCUGUGUCAUCACAUUGCUGAGAAUGCCCCAGCCUGACCCCAGGCAGAGCUGGGCCCUUCCAGUGAUCAUCACUGCCUGCUUAUAACCACCUUUCCCUGUUCAGAUCCAGCAAGGUGGAGGUGUUGACCCCAGGCCUGAGAACAUGCUGCCUGGGAAGUGACUGCCCUGGGGUUUGGGGGCUGCCACAUUCCUCUGGAACUCAGGAGAAGGUGCUGUUUUCUUCCUCUUCUACGGGGAGGAUUUGGGAGGGAUCUCUGCCAUGAGAGACAGAAACCAAGGAAGCUUUGGGAGAGGGGAAUUAAAGACCUUACAUGUGUCUA